AUGCACUCUCCCACCCUCUCGCUGUGCAUGACUCAGGAAGGACAACGCAAACUCUUCAAAUCACAACUCUGCACCCACAGGUCAGAGUUGUGAGGACCAUUUUAAGCAUAGACUCUACAGAGAGAGGGCAUUUUUGGAAAGUGAGGACAUUUUGACAGAAGCAUCCCAGAGACCUCCGUGCCCGUGCUGUUCACACACACAAAGGGGCUGUCCUGUGGGUGGGGAAUAUGAUAAUAUCCUUCAGAGGAAGUGAGCGCAGUGUAGUGGAAUGUAGUUGCCAUUAGUGGGAGUUGAGCUUGAGCGGGCUAACAGCUAGCCUGCUAUGUUGAGUGUGAGCUGGGGACACAGAGGAGAGUGAUGAGAACAUGCCUCACUUCACUGUGGUGCCAGUGAAGGACCUCGCUCAGUCCAGCCACGACAGCCUGGAGGGGAUCAACUGGGUGGAUUACAGGAACACUGGGCAGGAAAACCAUGAUCAUCAUGAUACUGUCAGCUCUGAUGGACAUGGGAGUCAUAAAGAAGACAGUCCAUUCCUCAACGAUGCCGCAAGCAAGAAGAAUGACUUCUACGACAGGAACCUGGCCUUGUUUGAGGAAGAGCUGGACAUCCGGCCGAAGGUUUCCUCCCUCCUCAGCCGCUUGGUCAACUACACCAACAUCACCCAGGGAGCCAAGGAGCAUGAGGAGGAGGAGAGCACUGAGGCCUCACGUAGGAAGACCCCCAAGUCCCCCAACAUGGGCACCAUGAUGGGAGUCUACCUGCCGUGUCUCCAGAACAUCUUCGGUGUCAUUCUCUUUCUCCGGCUGACGUGGAUCGUCGGGAUGGCUGGCAUCAUGCAGUCCCUCCUGAUUGUUCUCAUGUGCUGCUCCUGUACUAUGCUCACAGCCAUAUCAAUGAGUGCCAUUGCUACUAAUGGUGUGGUUCCAGCUGGAGGAGCUUAUUUCAUGAUAUCACGUUCCCUCGGCCCAGAGUUCGGAGGAGCUGUGGGAUUGUGCUUCUAUCUGGGCACCACCUUUGCUUCUGCCAUGUACAUACUGGGUGCCAUUGAAAUCUUCUUGAAAUAUCUGUUCCCCCAGGCGGCCAUCUUUCAUGCCACAGACCCCCUCGGGAAUGACAGUGCCAUGCUGAACAACAUGCGAGUCUACGGUUCCAUCUGCCUCAUCCUGAUGGCUGUGGUGGUUUUUGUGGGAGUCAAAUAUGUCAACAAGCUGGCCUCUCUUUUCCUGGCCUGUGUCAUUAUCUCAAUUGUCUCCAUCUACGCCGGGGCAAUCAAAUCCAUGACUCAUCCACCAGAAUUUACGAUUUGCAUGUUAGGAAACAGGACUUUGGUGAGAGAUCGCUUCGACGUGUGUGCUAAGACCGUGAUGGAGGGCAACAUCAGUGUGCCCAGUCAGCUGUGGCACAGGUUCUGCUUGGCCGAGAACAUAAGCAGCGCUCAGUGUGACGACUACUUCAUCCAGAACAAUGUGACAGAGAUACAGGGCAUCCCUGGACUGGGCAGCGGGAUUAUCAGUGAUAACAUGUGGGGCAACUACCUGCAGAAAGGAGAGAUCUUAGAGAAAGCCGGGCUUCAGUCAGUGGACGCCCACGGCACCAUGGAAAACUUUGGCAUGUAUGCGUCAGCGGACAUCGCUACGUCAUUCACACUUCUGGUGGGGAUCUUCUUCCCGUCUGCCACAGGUAUCAUGGCAGGCUCCAACAGAUCCGGGGAUCUGCGAGAUGCUCAGAAGUCCAUCCCUGUGGGGACUAUUUUAGCCAUAACCACAACAUCACUUGUUUAUUUUAGUUCUGUUGUCCUGUUUGGGUCGUGUAUAGAGGGAGUAGUUCUAAGGGACAAAUUUGGGGACGCUGUGAGAAAAAACCUGGUGGUGGGGACCCUCUCUUGGCCGUCUCCAUGGGUUAUUGUGAUCGGCUCCUUCUUCUCCACUGUCGGCGCCGGCCUGCAGUCCCUCACUGGAGCCCCCCGCCUUCUACAGGCUAUCGCCAAGGACAACAUCAUUCCUUUCCUCAGGGUCUUUGGUCAUGGGAAGGGCAAUGGAGAGCCAACAUGGGCCCUGCUGCUGACUGGGCUCAUAGCAGAGCUGGGUAUCCUCAUCGCCUCGCUGGAUAUGGUGGCUCCGAUUCUUUCCAUGUUCUUCCUGAUGUGCUAUCUCUUUGUGAACUUAGCCUGUGCAGUGCAGACUCUGUUACGCACCCCAAACUGGAGGCCAAGGUUUAAAUAUUACCACUGGGCUCUGUCCUUCCUUGGCAUGAGCAUGUGUCUGGCUCUAAUGUUCAUCUCCUCCUGGUACUACGCCAUUGUGGCCAUGGGCAUCGCUGGGAUGAUCUACAAAUACAUUGAGUACCAGGGAGCAGAGAAGGAGUGGGGCGAUGGUAUCAGAGGACUGUCCCUUAGUGCCGCACGCUACGCCCUGCUGAGGCUGGAGGCCGGACCCCCGCACACCAAGAACUGGAGACCACAGCUGUUAGUGCUGCUGAAGCUGGAUGAGGACCUCCAUGUAAAAUACCCCCGACUGCUCACCUUCGCCUCGCAGCUGAAGGCCGGAAAGGGUCUGACCAUUGUGGGCUCUGUUGUCCAGGGAAACUUCCUGGACAGUUAUGGGGAGAUGCAGGCUGCUGAACAGGCUAUAAAGAAUAUGAUGGAUAUUGAACGGGUCAAGGGUUUCUGCCAAGUUGUGGUGGCAUCCAAGGUGCGUGAGGGCAUCGUGCACCUGAUCCAGUCCUGUGGUCUUGGAGGCAUGAUGCACAACACUGUGGUGAUGGGCUGGCCCUACCGCUGGAGGCAGAGUGAGGACCCUCGAGCCUGGAAAACCUUUAUCAACACAGUCCGCUGCACCACAGCUGCCCACCUUGCUCUGAUGGUGCCCAAAAACGUCUCUUUCUACCCGAGCAACCAUGAGCGCUUCACGGACGGCAACAUUGACGUGUGGUGGAUCGUCCAUGAUGGCGGGAUGCUAAUGCUGCUGCCUUUCCUGCUAAAACAGCACAAAGUGUGGAGGAAAUGCAUGAUGCGCAUCUUCACUGUGGCUCAGAUGGACGACAACAGUAUCCAGAUGAAAAAAGAUCUGGCCACGUUCCUUUACCAGCUGAGAAUAGAGGCUGAGGUGGAGGUGGUGGAGAUGCACGACAGUGACAUCUCAGCGUACACGUACGAGCGAACGUUGAUGAUGGAGCAGAGGUCCCAGAUGUUGAGGCAGAUGAGGUUGUCCAGUGCAGAGAGACAAAGAGAGGCCCAGCUGAUUAAAGACAGACACUCUCUAGUGCGAAUGGGAAGUCUGUACUCAGAUGAGGAGGAGGAGGUGGUGGAGGCUCCUCCAGAGAAGGUUCAGAUGACGUGGACGAAGGAGAAGUGUGAAGCUGAGAGGAGAAACAGGAACAACGCCCCUGAGAACUUCAGAGAACUCAUGAGCCUCAAGCCGGAUCAGUCCAAUGUGCGACGAAUGCACACAGCUGUAAAGCUCAAUGAGGUGAUAGUCAACAGGUCCCAUGAUGCUCGAUUAGUGCUGCUCAACAUGCCGGGGCCGCCACGAGACACGGACGGAGAUGAGAACUAUAUGGAGUUUUUGGAGGUGUUGACCGAAGGCUUAGAGAGAGUGCUGCUGGUGAGAGGCGGAGGUCGGGAGGUCAUCACUAUCUACUCAUGAGCAACUAGGAACGGCUGCACAGGGGGCGCAGACUCAUCACAAUACAUCCCCCAUCUGGACGCAAGGCAGUACACGCACAGCUGUCAGACAGAUGUUGGUAGAUGCAUCGAUUUGACUUUUUUUAUCUGAAGUAUGGACUUCUGAGUACAAAAGAAGUUUAUUCUAUUCUUGUAGAAUAUUGGGGCACAUCAGUGUCCGUAUCUGUCCAAUAUGUUCACAGCUUCGCUGUCUUUUCAUUAAAUCAGUAUUUGUGUGAGACUGUUAAACGUUAAAGUUACGAUUUUCCUAUUUAGAGGUAAAAAAUACGUCUUUAUAUGUGAAAAUGAACCGAUGUGAUGAUUUGGCAGACAACAUAAUCCAAGUAAAAUAGAGUACACUUUCUUAAACACCUGUUUAAAUAGUAUUUUAGAUUUGUAUUUUUUAAACAGCCUCUUGAUUAUUUUGGAAGCACAUUUGUAUUUAUUUAUUUAUUUUUUAUAUAACUCCCCACUGAGGUAAAAGAAAAUAUUACUCUAAAUACAAAUAACAUAAUUCUCGACGUCGCUUAUUUUGUGUUGGUGGCACAAAGUCCAGUUUGUAAAAGUGGAUGGCAGAGAUCAUAAGCAAGUUUUAAUAGAGUUAUAAUUUAUGACUUUUGUUCGAAUAUUUGUCCAAGGAAUGUUUUUGUUACUGUUACAUUUUAACUUCUUCUGCUGUACCUCUAAAACUUAUCUGCACAUUUCAAAGAAGGCAACAUUUAAAGUUAUAGUCUUUUAGAUUAUCAUGAAGUCAAAUCCAUUUCUAUACAAUUUAUGAUAGUUUUCUGCAAUUGCCACAAUGUUUUCUAAUGCUGUCAAUACCUAUCUGUGUAGGCUCAGCAGAGUUUUCUAAUCAUCUAUCUACACUUUCUCUACAAAGUUAGUUUGUGGGGUUGUUCAGUAAACAGAUGUACCAGUUUCUAUUCUGUUGUAGCAGUAUGUCUGACAAAGUACCAGCUUCAGCACCAUUGCAUGUAGUAUUACAUUUACAUUUUAUGUUACUAUACUAUCCAUUGGUGUCACCUUAUCAACCAGCACUGAAAUCUGAAGGAUUACAACUCUUAAGAAAUUAUGUUGUCAGAUACAUAAGAUUAUCAGACCACAUGUUUGUGUUUUCAUGUCUUUUUAUAGGAAGUAUGAUCAGUAUUCCGGACCAGCAUUCAGAGUGAAAACUGUUUCAAUCCAAUAAACUGUGCAGGCCAUAGACUGUAUUUCAA